AUGCUACAACCCCCAGCAGUGGUACCCUACUUCAACCUAAGAGAUGAGCUGACAAAUGAAGAUGGCCUUAUUCUCAAAGGUCAGCAAAUUGUCAUACCUCAAUCUCUAAGGGCAGAUAUGCUACAUCGUAUCCACUCAUCACAUGUGGGUAUUGAAGGAUGUUGCCGUAGAGCUCGAGAUUGUGUCUACUGGCCAGGGAUGAGUGCUGCCGUUAAGGACUUCAUUGAGAAGUGUGACAUUUGUCGUUCCUAUGGAAGCAAGCAGCCAAAGGAAACCUUACAUCCGCAUGUAAUCCCUGACAGACCAUGGGCGAAGGUAGGCAGUGAUGUGUUUACAUUUGAUGGCAAUGACUAUUUAGUCACAGUGGAUUACUACUCCAAUUUCUGGGAACUAGACUACCUGGAAAAGACAACCAGUUCUACCAUAAUCUGUAAACUGAAAGCCCAGUUUGCCAGACACGGAAUCCCAGAAAUCUUUAUAUCCGAUAAUGCGUCCUACCACACAUCGGGAGAGUUUCACAAGUUCAGCCGAAAACGUCCUCUCCAGGUUUCCCACAGAGUAAUGCUUAAACCACGUGUUUCCCACUUCUCGUCGAAGUUCCGACACCAGCGAAAACGACAAGAGAUGUACUACAACAGAGGUACAAGAGACCUUCCCAUGCUAAGGAAAGGGGAUGUUGUACAGAUUCAGCCACAAGGUCAGGUUACCUACAAUUACAAACUUAAGCUGGAUAGACGUGGUGAGCCAGUGAAUUUCCACUGA